AUGCACGGUCAUGCGCACCUUCACGCGCGCAAGGAGGAAAUAGAGCCACGAGGCAACAUUGAAGAGCGUGGAGAUGUUGUCAUCGUGUACAAGACCAUGGAUCAGGACUUCGAUGGCGAUGUUGGAGGCUACGUGACGGGGAAUCAGCAAACAACCGAAGCGGAGACCACCACACAGAGGAACGUCGGUGUCGGAGCCGCUGUUGGAGUGCACGCUACUACGACCAAGGACCAGACAACUGAGGCCAAGACAACCGAUGAGGCAACCACCACCACCAAGGCCAAAGAGGAACCCACUACCACGCAGCACACUGAGGCCAAGACCACCAAGGAGACUACAGCCCAAACCACCGAAACAAAGGCUGAGACUACAGAGACUACAGAGAGCACGGAAACAAGUGACACACAGGCGUACAGUACCACCACUAGCCAAAACACCCAGGACUCUGUGACCACGACUUCAUUCGUGACCUCUGCAUCGCCAACUUCGGAAUCCAGCAACAUCGACAAGGUCCUUGCUGCCACUUCUGGCGCUUCGGCUACCGACUCGUCCGCUUCAUCUUCGAGCACUGCCCUUUCAACCAGUGCCUCUGAAGGCAUGACCGGAGGUGCUAAGGCUGGCAUAGCUAUCGGUGUUAUCUUUGGUGUUGGAAUUAUUGCCGCCUUGAUCUUCUUUUGCGUCCGCAAGAAGAAGAAGGAAUCCCAGGAGGGAUACCAGCAAGAAAGCGAGAAAGCAUUUGGCGGCGAGGGCCUGCCAGAAGGCUAUGCUUCCUCUUUGCCAGUGCCCCCACCCAAGCCACAGUCACAGAUGCCAUCGCAAGCUCCUCCCAUGCUCAACGUGCGCCCUGUUACUCAAUUUGCGCCUGAUCUCAACGCCGGAAGUGGUAUGAACCCAGUGGCAGUUGGUGCUACUGGUGCUGCAGUUGGCUCGGCAGCCAUUGCUUCUCGGAACCUCACUGGCGAAUCGCCGCCUUCUACUCCCCCCAAGCCUGGCGUCGACAGCCCCAAUCCUUUCAGCGAUCCAGUGAAUCCAUUCGGGUCAGCUCUCACUCCCGUCACCGAAGGCCCCCCCUCGAUAGCCGAAACGACCAACAGCCACGUCGAGCCAACUGCUGCUGUUGAUGCUGCAUCAUCAAGACACUCCCAUGAUUCCGAUAGCUAUCAGUCUGCACACUCUCGCGGUCCAUCCCCAACCGAACCAAGCCAAUCCGCGGCAAUGCCUGCGUUCGUUGAAGGCGCCGCUGCAGCAGGUGCAGGUGCAGCCGUGGCAGCAGCAGGACCAACAGUUGCAGGUCCUGGCGGUCCCCCACCCCCUAACAAUGUCCACCGUGUCCAACUAGACUUCAACCCCACCAUGGAAGACGAACUUGGACUUCGCACCGGAUCGCUCGUGCGCCUGAUUCACGAAUACGAUGACGGAUGGGCCCUCUGCAUUCGUUUGAACGGAUCCCAACAAGGUGUUGCUCCCAGAUCUUGCUUGUCCGCACGUCCUGUCAUGCCUCGCCCUCGCCCGCCUCCUGGUGCCCGAGGCCCUCCUAUUAUGGGCCCUGAUGGGCGCCCAAUGAUGCCGGGUGGCCCACCCCCCGGUGGUCGUUACUACCCCCAGGACCCUCGCCCAAGAUCCCCUGGUGGCCCUGGCUUCGCCGGACCUCCUCCUCGCCCUUACCCCAGUGGCACAAUGCCCCCUGUCCAGUUCCCGGCCGUUCCCCGCUCAGGGUCCCCAGGACCUCGGUCCAUGUCACCUGGUCCAGGUGGGAUGCCUGGUCCUCGCUCCUUUUCCCCCGGUCCAGGUGGCCCGCCGGGCCCCCGCUCCAUGUCCCCCGGUCCCAGACAACAAGGCCCACGCAAUAUGUCUCCCGUCCCACGGCCUGCUCCACGCUCCAUGAGCCCUGGGCCAUAUGGCCCUCCUGGCAUGCAGCGACCUAUGAUGCCCGUCAACCAACGCCAGCGCAGCAACAGCGCCGGUAACAUCGCUCCCCCAAUGGCGGCACAGGCUGCGCCAUCAGUCUCUAGCCCCCUUGCCGCCCCAGCUCCUGCCCCCACUAGCGAGCUCCCAGCCCUCCCUGAUUCUGCGCCUACAUCGCCAUCUGGCUCGAUCUCACGAAAGCCCAUCCCUUCCAAGGACGCUUAG